AUGGAUGCCAAGAACGCAACUUCCCUCAGCUACAAGCUGAACACCGGUGCCUCCAUUCCGGCCAUUGGCCUAGGUACCUGGCAGUCUGCCGAAGAUCAGACCCGGGAUGCUGUCAAGUACGCCCUGCAGAACGGGUACCGACACAUUGACACCGCCUUCAACUACAAGAAUGAAAAGGAAGUUGGAGAUGGCAUUCGCGCCUCUGGUAUUCCUAGGGAGGAAAUUUGGGUUACGACAAAGCUAGACAAUGACUGGCAUCAUCGUGCAAGCGAAGGCCUGGCAUCCUCCCUGAAAGACUUGGGGCUUGACUACGUCGACCUAUUCCUGGUGCACUUCCCCUGCUCUACGGACCCAACAGACAGUUCCAAACACCUCGCUGAUUGGGACUAUGUGAAGACAUGGCAAGAGAUGCAGAAGCUGCUUGAAACUGGAAAGGCGAAGAACAUUGGGGUGUCCAACUUCCAGAUCCGCCAUCUCGAGAAGCUUCUCAGCGACCCAUCAUGCAAGGUUGUCCCCGCAGUAAACCAGCUUGAGUUGCACCCUUACAACCCUUCGCCUAAGCUUGUGGGAUACUGCAAAUCCAAGGGUAUACACUGCACUGCAUACAGCUGCCUGGGUGGUAACUCGACGUCGCCCAUCAACGGCCACACCGAUCUUGUCAAGAAUAGCACAGUGGCAAAGAUCGCAGAGGCCAAGGGGAAGACGCCUGCCCAGAUCCUCCUAAAAUGGGGAUUGCAGCGCGGCACCAGUGUCAUUCCUAAGAGCGUCACACCUACGCGCAUCGCUUCUAACUUUGACUUGGACGGAUGGGUUCUGUCCGAGGAUGAGAUUGCAGAGCUUACUGGAAUCAAGACGCGUUCCAAGGUUGUUGGGGACAGCUGGAUGCCCAUUAAGGUGUUUUUCGGUGACGAUGAGUAG